CCCGCAUGACGUGAAGGCUGCGCUUCGCCAGGCCGAGGUCUCUGGGCGCACGCGCCGGCUUGGCUCCCCUCUGGCCGUGGCGAUUUUGACCAGUUCUACCUGUGGCAAAUACAGCUGAGACGGAAAGAUCUGAAGCUGUGGCCUCAUCAAUACCAACUACAACAAUGAGAAGUCAUUUAAGGUUUCGUUGACUAGACACUUUGUUGGUUUUUUGUUUGUCACAAGAUUAUCAGAUCAGUUGGUGCACACUUUUGUGAUGACCCCCCCUUUCCGAAAUAACAAGUGGACUUCUGAAAGAAAUGGCUACUAGAGAAGGUGGCAAUGCAAGUUCUGCCAAUGAACAAAACAGACAUUAAAUAACUGCAUCGGAUAGCAAAAUAUGGCUUGGUAACCAAGGACUUUGAUCUUUAUGUGAUAUAUUUUUCCAAGCUGUUCUUUGUAGCUUAUAUUCUUCAAGAAUGGACACGAUGAAGCUAAAGCAUAGUAUCAACCCUUUUCUGCAUCAUCUUAUAAAGUUUGUAGUCCUGAUUUAUACAAUCAUAACCUAUAUCCCAUGGUAUAUAUUUUCUGGAUCAAGAUAUGCCAUCGCCAAAUCAAGGCAAAUUAAAGCUAAACCAGUGAAUGACAAGCCAGGUAGUGCAUACAGAUCUGUUAACAGUUUGCAUUGUUUAGCAUCUGUAUUAUAUCCUGGAUGUGAUACUCUUGACAAAGUUUUCAAGUAUGCCACAAACAAACUUAAGAAUAAGAAACUCUUGGGAACACGGGAAGUCUUAAAGGAAGAAGAUGAAAUCCAGCCAUCUGGAAAAGUUUUUAAAAAGGUCAUCCUUGGAAAAUAUAACUGGCUUUCAUAUGAAGAUGUUUACAAUAAAGCCAGUAACUUUGGCAAAGGAUUGGCAGUGUUAGGCCAGCAACCAAAGACAACCAUCGCCAUCUUCUGUGAGACUCGAGCAGAGUGGAUGAUCACUGCACAGGCGUGUUUCAUGAACAACUAUCAGCUUGUUACACUAUAUGCCACUCUGGGCGGCCCUGCAAUAGUACAUGGAUUAAAUGAAACUGCAGUGACAACCAUUAUUACUAGCAGAGAACUGAUGCAAACAAAAUUGAAGAGUAUUGCAUCUCAGGUCCCGCUGCUACGUCAUAUUAUUACUGUGGAUGGCAAACCAACAACAUGGGCAGAAUUCCCCAAAGGUGUAAUUGUUCAUACUAUGGCAUCUGUUGAAGCUAUGGGAGUGAAAGCAGAAAAUAUGUCACUCAACAAACAGAAGAUGAAACCAGUUCCUUCAGAUACUGCAGUCAUUAUGUACACAAGUGGUUCUACAGGAAUUCCCAAAGGAGUUAUGAUUUCACAUUCUAACCUUAUUUCUGGUAUCACUGGAAUGGCUGAAAGGAUUCCUCAUCUGGGAGAGAAAGAUGUUUACAUUGGAUACCUGCCUCUUGCUCAUGUUCUGGAGUUGAGUGCUGAGCUUGUUUGCUUGGCCCAUGGAUGCUGUAUUGGCUACUCAUCACCUCAGACUCUAAGUGAUCAGUCAUCUAAAAUAAAGAAAGGCAGUAAAGGUGAUGUUUCUACCCUGAAGCCAACUCUGAUGGCUGCUGUGCCGGAAAUCAUGGAUCGAAUCUAUAAAAACGUAAUGAAUAGAGUUAAUGAAAUGUCCAAUUUCCAGCGUAAUCUGUUUAUAUUGGCUUACAAUUACAAGAUGGAACAGAUUUCAAAAGGCUACACAACUCCACUCUGUGACAGACUUAUUUUCCGGAAAGUCCGAAUGCUCCUAGGUGGGAAGAUUCGGGUCUUGUUGUGUGGAGGAGCUCCACUUUCUGCAGCAACACAAAGAUUUAUGAACAUCUGUUUCUGCUGCCCUGUGGGGCAGGGUUAUGGCCUGACAGAAUCCUCUGGGGCUGGAACAAUAACUGAAGUUUGGGACUAUACAACAGGCAGAGUGGGAGCUCCCUUGGUGUGCUGUGAAAUCAAACUAGUGAACUGGGAAGAAGGUGGAUACUUUAACACUGAUAAACCAUAUCCUAGAGGUGAGAUUCUUAUUGGAGGCCAAAAUGUGACAAUGGGCUACUACAAAAAUGAAGAUCGGACCAAAGCUGAUUUUAUGGUAGAUGAGAAUGGACAGAGGUGGCUCUAUACUGGAGACAUUGGGGAAUUUCAUGCAGAUGGGUGCCUAAAAAUUAUUGAUCGUAAAAAAGAUCUUGUAAAACUUCAAGCAGGAGAAUAUGUUUCUCUUGGUAAAGUUGAAGCAGCUUUGAAGAAUUUUCCACUAGUGGAUAAUAUUUGUAUUUAUGCAAACAGUUUCCAGUCUUACAUCAUUGGAUUUGUUGUGCCAAACCAUAAAGAACUUACAGAGCUAGCAAGAAAAAAAGGAUUUAAAGGAACUUGGGAAGAGAUAUGCCACUCUGCUGAAAUGGAAAAAGAAGUACAAAAGGUUUUAACAGAUGCUGCUCACAUAGCAAAUCUGGAGAAAUUUGAAAUUCCACUGAAAAUUCGUUUGUGUCCUGACCCUUGGACUCCAGAGACUGGUUUGGUGACGGAUGCCUUCAAAUUAAAACGUAAAGAGCUUACUGCGCACUACCAGGCAGAUAUUAAUCAAAUGUAUGGAACAAAAGUAAAAUAAUCCCUAUUUUCUUGUACCAGUUUGCUAUGGUGAGCUCAGAUCAAAUAGGAAAUACUUGAAUCACAUGCCUCAUCACUUGGGACCAACAUAAAAACAUCUUCCAUCACAUUCAGCAUCAGCUGUUACAUCUGAUAAUAUCAACAUCUUUAAACUGGCAGGAUUAGUAAAAUUUUAAGGCAGCAAAUUUGUGUCUGUCUCCUUUUUCCCCCAGUUUUCCUUUGCUACCUUGUCAGUGUGUGACUUUUCCUAAAAGUCCUUUUGGACUAACAUGAUUUUGAAGCCUCAAGUUUUUAAACCUGAUUUAUAAAUCCUGUACAAUGUUUUGUUUGUAACUUUUUGAAGUUUGGAUAUAUAGAGGGAUAACUUGGCUAUAUGAUUAGUUUGGGGGGUCUUUUUUACACAAAUAUUUAAAUAUUAAAGAGAGAUCAAUGUGAAAUUAUGUAAAUGACUUAUAGGUAAAAAAAAUCAUUGUUGGCCAGAAGACCUGAUUAUUUGUUGCUGUGCAAUUGUUGUUGUUUUUUUUGUAUAAAAUUGCAAGAGGAAAUGGUCUGACAUUAUAGAACAACAGCUGAAUUAUGUGCCUGGCAGUUUCCUCCUACAUAUAUAUUUUAUUUUUUAUCUGAAAUAAGGAAAAAUGGUCAUGGCAAAACACUGUAUAUAAGCAGAUAUACCUGCAGAACAAGCUAUUUUGAGUUUUUAUUCAUGCAGUUUUCUCUUUAACACAGCAGAUGUUACAUCUAAGAUCAAACUGUCUAACAGAAGUAGUUACUUUUUCAAAUGUAUUGAGGCCGUUUUAUAAAGAAAUUGAAUUUUUUAAAAUAGUGAGAACUCAGUUCAAAAAAGAAGUGCAUCAGGAUGUUCGACAAUGUCUUUUUCAAAAGGUGAGAUUUUUAUUUGUGUUUUACCAGCUUUACAGUUCAGGCUUGUUUUGCACAAAUCAACAGUUAUAGUCCAGUUCAAUGCUAGACAAAGCCCUGAAAAAUGCAGUCCUGUAAAAAUUUUCCUGCAAAUUCCCAGGUGCAAUGGGUUGAAGUUGUACUCCUAAAAUCUGUCAUGUUAGUGAGACUUGAAGAAAAAUUGAUGGUGAAUUGUGCUCUUUGUGAAGGGAACAUUUCAGAUAUACUUGUAGUGGUUCAUGAAUGCUGCUGGAAAGGGCCAUUUUAAUUAUCUGGUUGGUAGAAUCUUGUUUUAAAGACUUUAACAGCGCAAUCCAGAAGGGGGGACUGAAAACUCUCAGGAGGUGGCACUGGCACCAGCAUAAAUGCCACUUAGGUUGGUGCUGGGGAGCCACAUAGCAGUGCAAUGCCUGGGCACCAACGCAGGCACAGUGGCAGUGCUCCUGCAGUGCAGGAGGUGCUUCUGGGGCAAACCAAGCUUUAGUAAGCUUGAAAAUAAGUUUCAUUUAAAAUUCUAUGAUGAAGGCACUCAAGCACACGCUGGCCUCCAUAAAAGUAGAAACUAACUGCAGAAAUCUUUACACAGGUAAUUGGGUAUGAAUAUAAAAGUGGUUUUCUUGACAUUCAAGAGAAAAGUGCAGUCCCUGUUCGCCCAGAGUUCUGUAUGUGCAGCUGAGAACUCCAGAUUGGUAUGUUGAGUUGAAAAUUCUGGGUACUACUUUGAUCUAUAUUUGGACAGCCUUUCACCAGCAUAUUUUUUUCAUUAUGAUAUUAAAAUAUAUAUAUUCUCAUUGGCAACUUGAUGUUAUGAAGAGCACCCAUUAGUGAACUUUAUGUAAGAAUUCUUUCUUUCCUCAAAAAAUAUAUGAUUUUGGAUCUUCAUAUUGGUAAUGGGGCUUUAGAUGCAUAAAAGAUUUUUGAUACAUUCUAACCCAAGUUAAUCACUUUUUAUGUCCUGUUGCCUGCAAUGAGAGAGUUACAGUGCUGCCCUGUACAGUGUGUGGGGUGUAAACGUAACUGUUUUGGAUGGCGCUGUGAAGCAGUUACUCUUCUCUCACUGGAGCCAAUGUGAUUGAAAAGUGCUUAUUCAGGACUGGAUUAUGCCCAUCCUGUACUUGAAACAAUCCAUGACUGCUGUUCAGUACUUUUGGAAAGUUUUAUCUUGAAUCGGGAAACAAAUUUACAGUUGUGCUUUAAUUAAAAAAUAAAUUUUGAAACAUAAAGACAGUGAUACGAGGUUUUCUCCUGUUUCAGAGUUUUGUUUCAGAUUGACAAGCAGAUGUUUUAUAAUAGCUAAAGUACAUUUUGAAUCACAGCUAAGCAAGUGGAGAUACCUUGCGUUGAUAUCACUCUCAAGGAUUUUAUUUAUUUGGCAUCAUAUAAUGAAAUUCCAGGGAAUUUAUUAAAAUCUUUUAAAAGUAGGAACACUCAUAGCCACACAUCUGUAAGUUAAACAUUUGUAUUGAAAUCUAUGGCUCUUACAUGGCUUCUGCAGGUAGAGAUUCAAUUGCAAAAUGACAUACGUGGCCUUUGCAAGUUUUUUGUUUAAUGUUCGGGUUUCCAAUAUAGCGGGCUCCUUUUAUGUUAAGAAGAUAUGAAGCUCUUUUUUAAUAAUCCAGGGGUGACAUUUGUGAGGGUUUUUGUAUCACAGUGCAAAACAAAGCAAUCCUUUUUAAAUAAAUGUUAAGUUCCAUGUUUACUGGGAAAUGUUAAGUUCCAUGGGAUCAAUCCCGACCAAUUGCUAGAGUUUUUAGGAAUGAGAAACCAAUUUAGCUUUUUUGUCCAUUACUAUGUUCUCUCUAUUGAAGGACUUUUGUAAAUGACAAUUCAUAUGGAAGCUGUUCGGUGUUCAUAAGGAAGGAGCCAAACAGUCUAAUGUUUGGUUACUUGUAGUGUCUCGUGACUUCUGUUGAACUGUUUCAAUAAGUGUGGGUUCCUUUCUUCUUUUAAGAUUCAGAUAGUAAAACCAAACCAACCAAUAUGAAAUGCUCACUCCUCUUUUGAUUGCUAACAGUACAAUCCAGAUGUCCCAUAGCGACCAGAGCCUCAUGGCAAAGGUGACUCCAACAGGCUUUCUGGAGCUGUGAAAAGGUGAAAAAAAACAAAAACCCUCCCCACCCCCAGAAAGCCCUCCAUGGGACCCAGUGGACUUAUGCCACUCAAAUGGCAUAAGUCCACGGCACAACUGGAGGCAAACCUGGGGUGGAAGCCUAUAAAUAUCCCAGCCUGCCCCCCUACAAACCAGCAUCUGUUCUGGAUGGCAGCGCAGCUCCACAGCCUCCCUGACUUCCAGGACUGAGCAGGCCCUGCGCUGCUCCCUGUUGUGUUGGUUCUCUCCCCCCCCCCCCACCAAUAUCUGGAUUGGACUUCCCAAAAGUAAUGCAGACAUUCCUUGUAGUUAUAUUUUAGUUUUCCUUAAUUGUCAAACUGUAUUCCGUUUUCUUAAUCCUCUAGUUAUAUACCAUGAUGACUGCAUGGCCAAGGGACAGAGGAGAGUGUAGGUAGUCUUUCAGAAAUUAAACCUGGAAGCAUAUUCUGAAACUUUAAAAAUGUAAACACUUGCUACUGGAAGAGAGCCUCCUAUAAAUGAGUCAGGUUAGCUUAACUCAUUUGGCAUCUUUCCUUUCUCGUCACAGACAUUAUGAAAGAUAGAUUGCUGCAUUAAAGAUUAUAGCCUCUUCAUAACUUGGAAAUCGUCUCUCCAAGGUGUGAAUCCAGGUGGUUGCGGUAUUUGGGGAGGGCUGACUAUGUGAGUCUUUCCAACACAGCUGCUCCUGCAACACGGAAGUAGCUCCCGUGUCACUGGACAAGUAAAGGAGCUUUCCAUCAUCUGAGAUUGUGCACAGAAUGUGCACAGAAACGAACUAUGAGAGUGGCAAUGACUCUCUCAUUUUAAGCAUUUUAAAAUUCUGCAGGGUUUAAAUAUAAGCCAUUUCAGCCCAGUCAUUGCAUGGAUCUUAUAACAAGGAUAAGCAAGGCUUAUGUGCAGGAGAAGAUUUUGACUGAGCAACUGCUUCUGCCCAAAACUCAUUCAUUUUACCAAGAGUUAUGCAAGUUUCACUGAAAGGAAUAUUGCAGCAGUGAUGGAUUGUUCCUGAGUAUGUCAGGAAAAACCUUGGACGGUUUUACUGAUGCUGCUGCUAUUGCAGUUUACAGAAAUCACAUCUAUUUACCUCAAGGGGAAGCUGUCUUUUUAGCAGUACAACGUUUUGCUGAAGUUAAAGCUAAAAGCAGUGUGCAAUUGAAAUUCAUGAUGAAGCCUGUAAAUUUACUAUAGGAUAUCAUUUUCAGUAAUGAUAAGGAAUUUUUUUUGGAGUUGACACGUUAAUAUGACUCAUCUGUGAGAAUUUAUACAGCAAAUUCAAUAUAACAGAAAAUAACUGUUGGUUGCCAACAUGUGCAAGGUUUCCUUUUCCUCUACUUUAGACUUCCUCAUUGGACUCAUGUUUAACUUGUUUUAUUUUUGGUAUGUGAUAUGUGUGUUCCUCUGGACUUGUAAAAAAAUUGUAUGAAUCUGUUGUCUCUUAAACUGGCAAAAGGAAAAAAAAUUAUAAACAUUGGGCCAAGCUGAAAAUGUAACUGGGUGACCAGUUGUUUUGUUAUAAUAAUUGAUUAUUUAAUGUAAAUUCAUUAAUCUUGGUUGUUCUGAAUUGCCUGAAAAUGUGUCUAUCAUAAUUCAGUUAUAUUGUAUGAAUUAUUUAUUUGUAAUUGGACAUUUACACUUCAAAAAUAAAAUUGAGUUUCACAAGUUAA